UUUGUUUUUUCAGUGCAUUUGAAAUUUUAUCAUAUGAAACACCUGGUAAGUUUUUCUACGUAAAGUGAACUAUGCGCAAUGAACGGUCGACUCUAGUUGGUCAACUCAAACAGCUGUCACACAUUCAGUUUAUCCCUCACACAUGAUGGAGUGGGGUUUGUGAGUUCCGCUUGACAUACUUCACAAUGUUUGCUCCGUUCUACAAGCACAUAGAGACUGAUAGUGUGUGCUAUUAAACUAUUGCUUACAUUUUUCUGGAGACAAUUUUGUAUUUUUUUCAUUUUUUUUUAAUAUUAGUGUUGUAUUAUGUCUGACAAGUUCAAAUUCAAGUUUUUCAUUUGUUUCAUCAAAAGUACUUGGAUCCAGAUUUCAUAACAUGUUUACAGGGAAAUGUAAGAAAGAAAAUGUCGUGCAACUUGAGUGAAAAAAAUUUAACGGUAAACAGAGAGAAACCAAAAGACCAACCAGAAAUACAAAAUCAAUUGGAUGACAUAAAUAAAUCGUUCAGUUCAAAAACAAAAGUAAAUAGUGCCAGUUCUGAUGCAAAGUUGCAACGACAACGAUUCACAUACAGUGAAGAGCCGAAAGAAAGUUUCAAAGUCAGAGAGUUGUGUCCAACGAAAAAACCUCCUAUUCGUAUACACCAAGAAUUUAGUGAUAUGGAAACAAUUCUCUCGAAAAUCACGUCAUUACAGCGAUUGAUUUGUUCACUUCUUGAUUUGUUAAUGUCAAACUUUUUACAAGAGAAACUAUAUGAAACGCCAGCUGAAAUGGAAAAAUGUCGUAAAAGGUCUGAAGACUUUUUCAAAAUGUUUACACGAAAUCACGCGUAUCCCAUUGAACUUCUGAUGGACGAAAUUCUGUUGAAUAAAAACUUUUCUCCGGUGGUAUUUGCCACCAAAGUUCUUUCUUUGUACAAUUUUUUGCAAGCUGCAUUGUCAUCUUAUGUGUAUAGCAUGAAACAUCUCUUGAAUAUUGAUGUGCCAUCAAAAAUUAUGGAUCUUUUGAACUUUGUUCGAAUAACAAUUAAAAUGUGUAGCAAAAGGAUGUUAUUUGAUGAAGAGGAUAAUAUUGCAGAACUUCUUCUGAUCAAAGUGAACGAGGUACUUUCGAAUUUGGGAGCUAUUAGAUGUUCAUUGAAAGAACAGGAAAAAUCUUCGGUCAAGAAUUCCAAAAAACAAACACGUCAUUUGAAGACUACCCGUCGUCUUCCCAUUCAACCAAGACAGAAAAAUAAAAUUAAAACUGUAUCGCAUAGCAAAAACAUUCAAAUCGCAUUGGAUAGAGGAGAUCAACAAAGUCAACCACAAUCCACACACAAUACGCUAUCACGUAGCUAUGACAUAAUUUCGAGUGCUACAAAAUAUAAGACACCGCUUAAAGACAAAUUAAUGAAAGCAAAGUGUGAAUUCAAUGACAAAAAGAAAUUUGGCGGCACCAACGAAACAACUGUCUCUUCUUAUCGUUUUCUUCCGAAUAAACACACUUCUGUUGAUGAUUUCACAAGUGGCGAAAAUAGAAAAGACUCCGGAUUUAUAAUCCAAAAAGAGGACUUAUUUAAAACUAAACAGAUUACGUCUUCUGAUGUGAACACCAAAGGAAAUAGUCAAAUUAUUAAAACGGGCAAAAAAUCAAAAAAAUUAUUAAAAAGGAUAUCAGAGGAAUUGAAUAACGUUCCUAUUCAAUUGGAUUUUGGAGAGAAAUUAUUCAUUGAAAAUUUUUUAGCAUUGGAAAUCAUAACUUAGAGAAUUUUUAAAAAUUGAAAUUUGUUGCGCAAAAAAAUCACAA